CAGUGCUCAGUGUGCAGCCUGUCUGUGUCCAGUCAGUGGGUCAAGCUGCCUCAUUAUCUCCGCUCCUCCGAGUUUUAAUCACUUCACAUCUUAUUCAUCAUGGGAAAUUGUGCACAUCCAGGGGGCAGUGCGGAAACCAGAUUGGCGCAAAGUUCUGGGAGGUGAUCAGUGACGAGCACGGCAUCGACCCAACAGGAACAUACCAUGGAGACAGUGAUCUGCAGCUGGACAGGAUCAGUGUGUACUACAAUGAGGCCACUGGUGGGAAGUAUGUGCCCAGAGCCAUCCUAGUGGAUCUGGAACCCGGCACUAUGGACUCAGUCCGCUCUGGACCCUUUGGACAAAUCUUCAGACCUGAUAAUUUUGUCUUUGGUCAAAGUGGAGCAGGGAACAACUGGGCAAAAGGUCACUACACGGAGGGGGCGGAGCUGGUGGAUUCCGUCCUGGACGUGGUUCGGAAAGAGGCAGAGAGCUGUGAGUGUCUCCAGGGCUUCCAGCUCACACACUCCCUGGGAGGAGGCACUGGGUCUGGUAUGGGUACCCUGCUCAUCAGCAAGAUCCGAGAGGAGUAUCCGGACCGCAUCAUGAACACCUUCAGUGUGGUGCCGUCUCCUAAGGUAUCAGACACAGUGGUUGAGCCAUACAACGCCACGCUAUCAGUGCACCAGCUGGUAGAAAACACAGAUGAAACCUACUGCAUCGACAACGAAGCUCUUUACGACAUUUGUUUCCGCACUCUCAAACUCACCACGCCCACCUACGGCGACCUCAACCACCUGGUUUCAGCCACCAUGAGCGGUGUGACCACCUGCCUGCGUUUCCCCGGUCAGCUCAACGCUGAUCUGAGGAAACUGGCCGUCAACAUGGUGCCCUUCCCUCGUCUGCACUUCUUCAUGCCUGGCUUCGCCCCCCUCACCAGCCGCGGGAGCCAACAGUACCGUGCCCUGACGGUACCUGAGCUCACGCAGCAGGUGUUUGACGCCAAGAACAUGAUGGCAGCCUGUGACCCACGCCACGGACGCUACCUGACGGUGGCAGCUGUGUUCCGCGGCCGCAUGUCCAUGAAGGAGGUAGAUGAGCAGAUGCUGAACGUCCAGAACAAGAACAGCAGCUACUUUGUGGAGUGGAUCCCCAACAAUGUCAAGACCGCCGUUUGCGACAUCCCACCACGCGGUCUCAAGAUGGCGGUCACCUUCAUCGGCAACAGCACAGCCAUCCAGGAGCUGUUCAAGCGCAUCUCUGAGCAGUUUACCGCCAUGUUCCGCCGUAAGGCCUUCCUCCACUGGUACACCGGCGAGGGCAUGGAUGAGAUGGAGUUCACCGAGGCGGAGAGCAAUAUGAACGACCUGGUGUCCGAGUACCAGCAGUACCAGGACGCCACAGCUGAGGAGGAGGGAGAGUUUGAGGAGGAGGUGGAGGAGGAUGCAUAAAAAAGUAAUAAACGACAAGCCUAUGAAGUUAAAAAAAGAAAAACCUAAAAAAAUAGAAAAUAUGAAACAAAAGAAUGUAGCAGAAAAGAUUUAGAGGGUUGAGAGAAAAAUGUGGGGGAUCUGAAUUGGUUCGUGGAUCAACUGAAUGAAAUGGAAAAAUGAAUGUGACAGAAAAAGAUGAAUAAGCGACGAUGGGGGAAAAAAAUGAUGUGACCAAAUUAAUGUGCCAUGGUUUACAGUUUAAUGUGAUGCCAUGUGGGCUGGUUCAGCCGACUCCCAAAUAUUGGAAGCAUUUCUUGCAGUUCACUCCUUAACCUCAUUUCACCAGGAAGACGUGCUGCAAAAUCACUAAUGAUAUAAAUAUGAAACUUGCACUUGCUUUUACUCAUAUUCUCUGAAAAUUUUGCCAAAAUGUAUUCAUUUGAUAUUACACCUUCUAUGAGAGACAGUAUUUUUCUUUCAGUAAAAGUGAACGCUUCCCUACACGUUUUCUUAGCUGGACCAUUGGAGUGCAGUUAGUUUGUGUCAAUCCAAGUUUGAAGCAUUUACACAGGUGAAGAAUCUCAAGAAUAAGCAUCCGUAUAUUUGUUUCUGAAAGUUAGGUUUUUAAAAUGGGGAAAAAUCAGAUAAUGCCGUUAUCAGUGUUCUUUUAUUCUAUCAGUGUUUAUUUUAUCAGGUCAUAAAGAGUCACUAUCAGUAAAACAAUGUGAAUUUAGAAAGUAGGCAAGACAGUGCUAAUUUUGUCCUCACUGAGGCUGCCUCAGUGAAUGUAACAUGUUCAAGAUUGGCUUGAUUUUUCCAUGUACGUUUUAACAUUGUGGGUGACACUCAAGAAACACUCUGUAAAUUCAGUCCUGUCAGAUGAGUAAUUUAAAUCCAAAGGUCAGGGGUUUUUACUUGUCACAAUCUAGGUAAAAGAAAGCGUUUCUUUGAGCUGAAAGGACCCAUCACUUCACUAAACAAAAAUGAUCAUUUUUUCUGAAUGUGCAACUUUAAUGUUAUUCUCAAAGCACAAGACUAAAAAUAAAUGUCUUAGAUUUAAUAAAGAACAGCUUAAGACAGCCUCUUUGCAAAGUGUGCAGCUAUCAAUAAAUGCCAAUUCUGCAAGUUUGUCAGUCAAAAACAGGUCUGCUUCAUAGAACUCCUGACGAAUGGAUUUUCAGUUUUAAUGUAACUGUAGCAGUUGUGAGAUUUUUCUCAGGCGCCAGCCAACGUCGUGAGAAGGGUCAGAUGUCUAAAGCCAGGUCAGGUCAUGCAAAGAAUUAGUCUUAGCUGAAUCAGUUUUCCAGUGCUUACUAUUCAUGCAUCCACUCGCUUAGACUCUAAACAUUUGAACUUUGUCGUGGAACCAUGUAUCUGCAAAAUAUUCUAUUUUAAGACCGCUGCAAAUCAAACAUUACCUAAUGUGAAGCCUCAAUUUAAUACCGCUUUCUAACCUCAGACUGACAGGACAGGGCAGCAGAUACAUCUUAAAGCAGACCAUAGAAAGAACAAGAACUGUUUUGUAUUAUUUUAUGUCCAUAUCAGUAUUUUCCUGCAACUACAUCUCACUCUGGGGGCCCAAAACUCUCACUUCAAGUCACUCUUAAGUUUGAAAGGAUGUUUCAACCUAUAUAAUGUGCACAAAUUACACUGUAAUUGUUUACACCCUGAGCCACAACAGUAUGCACUCAAAUCAUAGACAUGUCACUGUAUUCAAUGUAUAAUCGACAGCCGUGUUGUCUGUGUUUAUGUUAGUACCUUUUUUAUUCCUGUUGAACAGUUGGACUUCGAUCCCUGUGACUGUGCAAAUGUUUGGGAGAAAUAAAGGCAUUUCUAGGAAAAAAUAA